AUGCCAGCUGGGGGCCGUGGGAGACAGAUUCUACACCUGUGGAUUUUUUUUGGUUUCCAAGUUGCGUUGAUUCUGCUCUCUCUAGCUUAGACCUCGAUAUUCUUGUAUCGGAAUGAAAGAAGCUUAGACCUCGAAACACGGGAGCUCCAAAUCGCUGCCUGGUAACUCCACAGCCAGACGCCGGCAACCCCACACGAGGAUGCGCCUUCAAGACCAUGAAUAAAGGCUGAGUAGAACUGAUAUUCCAAGAUGGCGUUCGACCCGUCGUCCAACGGGUUUCCGGCGGCCGACAACGUCAACGGCCUUGCCGACGGGGCGCUGCCAAUAUUUGACGUCGAGAGCGUCCAGCUUCAGUUCUCCAUUGCUGCCGACUUCGUCGCCGCCCAGGUCGCCAACAAUGUCCUUGUGCUGGCCCUUUCCAACGGGCGCAUCCUCCGCAUAGACCUGAACCGGCCUGAGGACAUCGAUGACAUCGACCUCCCGAAGAAGCCGUCUGAAAUCGGAGUCAUACGGCGCAUGUUCCUCGACCCAACCGCCUCUCAUCUCAUAGUGUGCACAUCGCUCGGCGAGAAUUACUAUCUCAACUCCCAGUCGCGCCACCCACGCCCUCUUGCGCGACUCCGCAAUGUCUCCAUCGAGAGCAUCGCCUGGAACCCAGCCCUGCCCACGGCCUCGACGCGGGAGAUCCUGCUGGGCGCAUCGGACGGUAACGUGUACGAGAGCUAUAUCGAGACGUCGAACGAGUUCUACAGGAAGGAAGACAAGUACCUCAAGGUCUUACAGAAGCUCCCCGACGGGCCGGUGACGGGCCUCUGGGUCGACAACUUGCCCGGUAGGGCAGAUACGCGACGAGUGCUCAUUGGAACCCAGAGCAGGCUGUUCCAUCUGGUGGGCAAGGUUGGGCGCGGUCAUGAUGGGAGCGGCUCCAUCUACACAAAGCUCUUCGAAUCCGAACAGCCCGUGAUCCACGAGCUUUCGAGGUCUUCCGCGGCGGCAACAUCGGCUCUAGUCAUCUCGCCGGACGCCCAAGAUCCUUCCAGGCCAUACGAGGGCGUUGCUCCGGAGCGCGCGUUCGCCUGGCUCUCGUCCCACGGCGUCUAUCACGGCACCCUGCUCGACAACCCCUCCGGGCCGGAGCUGGGGAACAAAGUGUUCUCGGAGUCGAAGCUCCUAGCCAAGUCGCAACUGGCUGCGGCAGAUGGCUCGGGAAGGCGGAAGUCGUCGGUGGAUAACAUCGACGCCGUCGCUCUGACCCAAUGGCACAUCGUCACCUUGAUCGGGAGCCGAAUCGUUGCGGCCAACAGGUUGACGGGCUCGACGGUCUACGACCAGGCGGUCUUGGAUCCUGGGCAGAAAGCUCUGGGCCUCUGUGUCGACCAGCAGAAGAAUACGUUCUGGCUGUUCACCGCACAAGAUAUAUUUGAGAUUGUCGUCCGCGACGAAGACCGGGACGUGUGGAAGAUCAUGCUCGGCAUGCAGAAGUUCGAUGCCGCACUUCGAUAUGCCCGUUCACCCUCCCAGAGAGACGCUGUGGCAACGGCAUCAGGAGACUAUCUGGUCAGCAAGGGCCUGUUCAACGAGGCUGCUGGUGUUUACGGGAAGAGCAGCAAGGCGUUUGAAGAAGUCGCGCUCACCUUCAUCGACAACAAUCAACCCGAUGCUCUCCGGAGAUACCUGUUGGCCAAGCUUGGCACUUACAAGAAGACGUCUGUCAUGCAGAGGGUCAUGCUUGCCAGUUGGCUGGUGGAGAUAUUCAUGGCCAAGCUCAACUCGCUCGACGACACCAUCGUCACGAGGGCGGAGUUGUCAGGACCUUCCAGCCCGUCUCAGACACAGGAGCAGCUCGACGAAGUCCGAAGCGAGUACCAGAACUUCAUUACGAAGCACAAGUCUGACCUAGAUCGGAAGACCAUCUACGACGUCAUAAGUAGCCACGGCAGGGAAGACGAGCUACUCUUCUUCGCCGACGCCGUGAACGACUACAACUACGUGCUGGCAUAUUGGGUACAGCGGGAAAGGUGGUCCGAUGCCUUGACCGUUCUCAAACGGCAGACGGAUCCCGACAUCUUCUACCGAUACAGCAGCGUGCUGAUGACGCACGUGGCGACGGACCUGGUCGAGAUCCUGAUGCGGCAGUCAAAUCUCAAGCCGAGGAACCUCAUUCCCGCGCUGCUCGACUACGACCGAAACUACAAGGGGCCGCUGACACAGAACCAGGCGAUCCGGUACCUCCAGUAUGUUGUGAACCAGUUGAGCUCGACCGAUUCGGCGAUCCACAACACCCUGGUCUCCAUGUACGCCUCGCACGCGUCCAAGGACGAGUCGGCCCUGCUUAGCUACCUCGAAUCACAGGGGGAUGAGCCGCGAUUCGACCCGGACUUUGCCCUCCGCCUGUGCAUCCAAAACAACCGCGUCCUCUCGUGCGUGCACAUAUACACCAACAUGGGCCAGUACCUGCAGGCAGUCGACCUCGCCCUCUCUCACAACGAGAUCGAUCUGGCUUCCAUCAUCGCCGAUCGGCCAAUGUCGAAUCCGCAGCUGCGAAAGAAGCUCUGGCUGGCGGUGGCCCGCAAGGUGAUAUCGCAGUCCAACGGGAUCAAGACGGCGAUCGAGUUCCUGAAGCGGUGCGACCUGCUCAAGAUCGAGGACCUGAUCCCCUUCUUCCCGGACUUUGUCGUCAUCGACGAUUUCAAGGAGGAGAUAUGCGCGGCGCUUGAGGACUACAGCCGCAACAUCGACCGGCUGAGGAAGGAGAUGGACGAGUCGAGCCGGACGGCGGCCAACAUCAAGAUGGACAUUGCGGCGCUCGACCACCGGUACGCCAUCGUGGAGCCCGGCGAGAGGUGCUAUGCCUGCGGGCUGCCGCUGCUGAGCCGCCAAUUCUUCGUCUUCCCGUGCCAGCACGCCUUCCACUCGGACUGCCUGGGGAGGAAGGUGCUGGAGCAGGCCGGCGUGAGCAAGAGCAGGAGGAUAAGGGAGUGCCAGGUGCAAAUCAGCAAGGGCCUCGUCAGCGGCCCCAAGCGAGACGCCAUGAUCGCCGAGUUGGAUUCGUUGGUGGCGUCUGCAUGCAUUUUAUGCAGCGACUACGCUAUCAGAAGGGUCGACGAGCCCUUUAUCAAGGAGGGGGAGGAUAAGGACGAGUGGGCUCUGUAGAAUGCCACUCAGAGAUGAAUGAGCCAGUCGAGGGAACCACAGAUAAACGAGGCUGCUGGCCCGAGACGUAGUAGAUACCCCAUAUGCGCGUUCCAGGUUCGUAAUGGGAAACCGCCCGAAACUCCAUUUCGAAAAGGAAAUAUGGAUCCAGCUCCUCCAUCCGCGAGGAGGCUGAGCCUGGGGUUUUUGAAAUAGAUAAUCAAGAUCAACAAACGAAUUUAAAACACACGCACCCCUUGAUGCCCACAAUGCUAUGCUUCCCGUCCCUCCAACUCUCUUGGCCCAACGGGUGGUCGCGA